AUGCAACGACGAGUGCUGCGCAUGAGAUUGUAUCACUGGUAUAUGGAGCUACAGAAGGAACUCAAAGUCCCAGAAAAAAGGCCCGCGCUUCGUCGUGGAGAGAAAAUACAGACAAAAGCCAUAGAUAUGAUUCUCAAGGACUCAUAUCUCGAUUGGGAAGGCGCAAGUGACUUAGAGAAAAAGUCAUAUCGAGACGAAUUUCAUAGGAACAAAGACGUUGGUUUGAAAUGGUGUACUCUUGUGCAAUAUUUUGGCGAAGGUAUAGCAGUGAUAUGUGGGAAAGAGAUGGACUUGAUCAUUAACGAUACUAAGUUCAAACCCAAAUCGCUGCACGCGCUAGCCACUUUCGUGCUCAAUUUCUAUCCUGACGUGCCACACAUAUGCCGUCUCUUUGGUUUCCCACUCAAGUUCUUUAUACAAGAUAUAGGAGCAGGCCCUGAUGAGUACCACAAUUGGCAACACAGCCUGGACCAAGAAGGAGCCAUAAUUAUGGUGAACAGCGGUCUAAAAGGCCCCCAAGUGCCAUCAGAGCCCCCCUCCACCUGGAUUGUCCCGGACUGUUUGGAGAUGGAUCUUACAGGUUUUAUUCGGGGUGUAUUGAAAGAUAGGAGACGACGGCUCUAUCCUGCGCCAGGGUGA